UUUCCGUUUGUUUGUUUGCUUCUGUUCGCUCUCUAACAGCGCUGUGUGCGUUGGCCGUUGCAGCUUUGCAAGGACUCUGCUCGUUUCUCCACGUGUGCAUGUACGUAUUUGUCUGUUUCUGUGUUUAUCUGUUUCUUUGUUGCUUGGGGUGGGACAACACCCAGCACUCCUCUGCUGCACUUCGGCUGUGUGUCUGCACCGCAGCUUUGCAACGACAGCCUUUCUAUUCAUUUACCUCUGUGUUUAAUUACCCUCUCUCACCUAUUUAUUCACUUAGCCGUUUGUUUACCUAUCCCUCUAUUUACCCAUCUGUUUCUUUAUCCAUUUAUUCACCUGCCCGUUCGGUGGCAGCUCGGGGUUGCUCCGCUGUCCUCAAUGGCAGCAGGGAGCAGACGGUUGCUGUGUGUGCAACGCUGAGCUCAGCGCCCCAGCUUGGUUUGGCAGCCGUGCCUGCGGUGCUCGGAGCCAAUCGGGAGCUGAGGAGGGCUGGGAAACCGAUUGGGAUGUUACAGCCCAUCCUCUCUUGGGAAUCCCCUUCACGGAGUCCGGCAUUGAUGAGUUCAACGGGAGGGGCCAGCACUGGGACAACUGCCAAUAUUUACAGGUCUCCCUGUGCACUGGUGCUGUGAUUUGAAAGAACACCCUGUUUACUGGUGUGCCAGCUGACAGCCGGGCAAUGUGAUCGGGGCCGCUCCCAGCAGUCUCCCUGGGGCAGUCUGGAAGGGCCACGCUCCUGUUUUCCUGCUGAUGUUUCUGGGUCAGGUUUUGCAAGCAAGUGCGGGGCACGGCCAGGCAGGCGGGCUGUACAGCGUGCUGACCUUGGUGACCUCCUUGCAGGCUGCUACAUGGAUUUUUGGGGUGGAGAGAAGCGUGAGGAGGAGAGGCUGCAUGCACCAACUGCACGUGCUGCAUCCCCCAGGCAUUGCGGUUCUGUAAAAAGCCAUCGGCCGCCCUGCAGGUGCUUUGCACCCCACAAUGGUCGCAUUCUGGAGGGUUCAAAGGGCAAUGCUCCAUGCAAACCCUCAGCCUGGCACUUCCUCGUCCCGACUCCACGCAGCACCAACCCCCCCCCAGGUAUCCUGGCAUCCCCCAGCAGGACCAUACGGACAGCAUGUCCCCAGCUUGUUUACUGCGGCCGUGCGCCUCGAUUGUCACCACCAUGUGACAGGUGAUGCCUUCAGACAGCCGAGCCAGCUCCACGUGACUGCUGGGCGAUGGAUAAAAGCUGCGUGAGGGGCUCCGGCAGCAGAACUGGGGUUGCUCUGAGGAGGAGCAGUAGUGCCGUACCGAUGGAUUUCCAGCCUAGCAUCCUGCGCGAUGGCAGCCCCAUGGAGAGCCUGGAGAAGCAGCUGCUGUGCCCCAUCUGCCUGGAGAUGUUCAGCAAGCCUGUGGUGAUCCUGCCCUGCCAGCACAACCUCUGCCGCAAGUGUGCCAAUGACAUCUUCCAGGCUGCCAAUCCGUACUGGCAGAGCCGAGGCAGCAGCAUCAUUUCGGGGGGCCGGUUCCGCUGCCCUACGUGCCGCCACGAGGUCCUGCUGGACCGCCACGGUGUCUAUGGGCUGCAGAGAAACCUGCUGGUGGAGAACAUCAUCGACAUCUACAAGCAGGAGUUCUCCAGCAGGCCACUCAAGAAGGGGGAGCACCCCAUGUGCAAGGAGCACGAGGAUGAGAGGAUCAACAUCUACUGUGUCACCUGUGAGGUCCCCACCUGCUCCAUGUGCAAGGUCUUCGGUGCUCACAAAGACUGCGAAGUGGCCCCUCUGCAGAGCAUCUUCCAGGGCCAGAAGAGCGAGCUGAACAACUGCAUUUCCAUGCUAGUGGCAGGGAACGACCGCAUCCAGACCAUCAUUUCCCAGCUGGAGGAUUCCUGCCGCAGCACUGAGGAGAACAGCGAGGCAGCCAAGCAGGAGCUCUGUGCACGUUUUGAUGCAUUUGCAGCGCUGCUGGAGGAGAAGAAGAUGGAGCUGCUGGGACGCAUCACCCGUGAGCAGGAGGACAAGACAGGCUUUGUGCAGGGCCUCAUCCAGAAGUAUAAGGAGCAGCUAGAGAAGUCCAGCCGGCUGGUAGAGACGGCCGUCCAGGCCAUGGAGGAGACCGACGGGGCCGCCUUCCUCAUGAAUGCCAAGCAGCUCAUUAAAACGAUUGUGGAGGCCUCCAAGGGCGGCAGGCUGGAGAAGAUUGAGCAAGGCUAUGAGAACAUGGAUGCCUUCACAGUCAAUCUUGAGCACCUCACCGAUGCCGUCCACGCCUUGGACUUUGAGUCAGAUGAGGAGGAUGAGUUCUAUGAGGAGGUGGAAGAAGACACAGGAGACACAGAACCUGAAAGAGUAGCGGCAGCCCCCCAGUAGGACGCAGGAUGUCCAGGACAGAACCUGGGGACACACUGAUGGGGCCAGCCAUCCAGCUCCAGUACAGGACACUUUUCUAUACGGGUGCCAAGAGGACUAUUCCGCACAUUUUAUAUGUUCCUUGUUUUGUAUAUAAUUGUAAUGGAGUUGUGUAUUUUGUACAGAAAA